AAAACAUGCUUUAAACUGCCACAGAAUGAAGCCUGCCUUGUUUAAUGUGUUGUGUGAAAUCAAAGAAAAAACAGGUGUUUCAGGCUGUGAUAUCUUGGUAACUACAGCUGCAGAUUAACUUCCUAGAGGCUUAUACGAAGGAGAGAAUCUCCCUAGUGGCUUCCAUUUGGUCUUAAGUAUGCAAAGAUUGGUUGUCUUUUCAAGAUCCCACUAGAAUAUGUCUUCUCCUCACUUAUGUUGACUUACGUCACCUCCUGAAUGUUGGCUUUCCUAAGUGAGGGUCAUGGAAGCUUGACUGUUUUUAAGUAAGUUUGACCAGAUAUUUUUGAGUGCCAUCAUUUCUGGAGAUAUUGGGCAAAACUCUUAUGUCCCACAGGUUGAAAAGUGAAAAAGUUAAAAAUGAAUUCCUGUCCUGGUUGGGUUUAAUUUUUCAACACCAGUUAGACAUUUCAUUUUAGACCUUCUGGAGGGCAUGAUGAAAUUGCAGAGUUGUAUACUAUUUUAGCCCAUUCAUUGCUGUAGCAUAUAUUUAUGAAACUUCUCUGUAUAAGGCAUGAAAGACACCGAGGAACACAAAUGUGCCAGCGGUGGGCCUUAACCUCAAGGAACCUACAGCCCAGUAAGGGGCCGGUAUCAUGGUCAUGAUCUUUGUAACAUGGGCAGCUGACUUGCUUCCAAAGCCCUCUGCCCAAGACAGGACUCUGUUGCUUACGGCCAGGAGUGUAUCUGAGAAUGUCAUUCCGACCCAAAGUUCUUGAACAUGCAGGGUGAUACACGUGGCAGAACGCUUUCUUUCUUUCAAAGGGUGCUGAUUUUUACUUCGGCAGCCUGAGAAAUGUUCUGUGUUUGAGUCCUCACAUAGCUGGCCUUCUUGCUUUUCGCUAAACCCUGCCUCUGCUUUCCUUUCCUUUCUGCUUCCCCUUUCACUCUCUUUUGUUCCCUUCCUCCCCUUCAAUGGGGCAUCCCCCAGACCCUCAAAUCACUAUUUGCCCAACCUGUGACCUGAGACCACUUGGCAUUUCCCUGGGAUGGCUGGAAUUUACCGCCCGCCGAAGAGGCAUCUGUGACAUUUGCUUACCUGGGCGGCUUAAGCUACAGGGUCCGCGUGGAGGGACUGCUGAGAGGAAGUGUGAAAUUUACCUCUGUGCGCCAGGGUUCUCGCCAGCAGGGAGACAAACAAGGAUGCUUUUGAGAAGCUGGAAUUAAUUUUUAUCAGGGUAUGCAUAUAUAGUUCUGUAUAUUCACACACACAUUUAUUAUGUAUUCAGUAAAUGCAUGUAGACAAUUUGUGCAUUAUCUGUCAUUUUCUAGUCAUUAUUUUAACAAAUUAAAUUUUCAUGGUUAGCUUCAUCUUUCACAUUCAUACCCUCCCCUUGCACAGCUCCCUUCUUUCCCCCCCUGCUGGUAGAAGACACUGGGUUAACUUGACGCUCUUUGAGGCCUUGUGCCAUUAGACCUACUGUCUCCUUAAGGUUUAUGGGACUCAGGUGAUGGCUUUCUCGCUGUGGCUGGCUCAGCCAGGCCCAGCUGUUCUGCUGGUGAGGAAAUAGCUGCUUGUCUCUUUGGAUCAAACUGGUCUAGGAGCUUGUUCAAUCCAGUUACUGGGACAGGCCAGCCCUGGAGGCUUCUCCUACUCUUGGAACACACAGACGCACAGUCUGUCUGUCCUGGCUGUCAGCCGAGGAAGGGAGGCAGGCAGUGUAGAUGGUUAAGCUGUUACUUUAUACUCAUGUUUACCCUAUCCAAGUGAUUUGAAGGGAAGACUGCCGUGGGCCCCAGGCUGGGAGAAGAGUGGUGGUGGGUCAUCUUAGCAUGAAGCUGAACGGAAAACGUCAGCGGAAGUGAUGCCCCUUUUCCCCUUUGGAGCAGGAAAUUCUUCUGUGCGCAGUUUUGAGUAUCCGGGGAGCGCAGGAAGAAGAGCCAACAGACCCCCAGCUGAUGCGACUGGACAACAUGCUGCUGGCGGAGGGGGUGGCCGGGCCAGAGAAGGGUGGCGGCUCGGCCGCGGCGGCUGCGGCGGCGGCAGCUUCUGGAGGCGCCGGUUCCGACAAUUCGGUGGAGCAUUCUGAUUACAGAGCCAAACUCUCACAGAUCAGACAAAUCUACCACACGGAGCUGGAGAAAUACGAGCAGGCCUGUAAUGAGUUCACCACCCACGUGAUGAAUCUCCUGCGAGAGCAAAGCCGGACCAGGCCCAUCUCCCCGAAGGAGAUCGAACGGAUGGUCAGUAUCAUCCACCGCAAGUUCAGCUCCAUCCAGAUGCAGCUGAAGCAAAGCACGUGUGAGGCCGUCAUGAUCCUGCGUUCCCGGUUUCUGGAUGCGCGAUCCAUGGUUUGGAGGAAUUCCUCUAGUGAUUUUCUUGAAGAUGAGCUGAAUUCAAAGAAACGGCGGAAGAGACGGAAUUUCAACAAGCAAGCGACGGAAAUCCUGAAUGAAUAUUUCUAUUCCCAUCUCAGCAACCCCUACCCCAGUGAGGAAGCCAAAGAGGAGUUAGCCAAGAAGUGUGGCAUCACAGUGUCCCAGGUAUCAAACUGGUUUGGAAAUAAACGAAUCCGGUACAAGAAGAACAUAGGUAAAUUUCAAGAGGAAGCCAAUAUUUAUGCUGCCAAAACAGCUGUCACUGCUACCAAUGUGUCAGCCCAUGGAAGCCAAGCUAACUCACCGUCAACUCCCAAUUCAGCUGGUUCUUCCAGUUCUUUUAACAUGUCAAACUCUGGAGAUUUGUUCAUGAGCGUGCAGUCACUCAAUGGGGAUUCUUACCAAGGGGCCCAGGUUGGAGCCAACGUGCAAUCACAGGUGGAUACCCUUCGCCAUGUUAUCAGCCAGACAGGAGGAUACAGUGACGGACUCGCAGCCAGUCAGAUGUACAGUCCGCAGGGCAUCAGUGCUAAUGGAGGUUGGCAGGAUGCUACUACCCCUUCAUCAGUGACCUCCCCUACAGAAGGCCCUGGCAGUGUUCACUCUGAUACCUCCAACUGAUCUCCCAGCAGUCGCAUCCCGGCUGACCCUGUGCUCCAGUCGGGGCCGGGCCAGGAGGGAGGGUUUCUCAACGCUGAAGCGGUCAGACUGGAGGUCGAAGCAAUCAGCACACACAAUAAGAGUCUCCUUCUCUUCUCUUCUUUGGGAUGCUGUUUCAGCCAAUCUGGACACUUCUUUAUACUCUCUUCCCUUUUUUUCUGGGUAGAAGCCACCCUUCCCUGCCUCCAGCUGUCAGCCUGGUGUCCAUCAUCUUCCCUGCCCCUUUCCCUCUGUCCUAGACUCCCUGGGUCCCUGCCCUCUAUUACAUCCCUGAAGGAUAUUUUCAACAAUUAGAGGAAUUUAAAGAGGAAAAAAAAAAUACAAAGAAAAUAAUAAAAGUGUUGGUAUGUUUUCAUGCUGGUGGUUUGAGGGGCCAGACUUACCUCCCUGGGAUCCCUUGCUCCCUCUGUUAACAGGCAGUCCUUCUCUGUUUCUCUCGUUACUCUCACUACCUCUUAGCAGGAAUACGCCACAUUGCCCUACUCAUUCCAGGCCGCCCUACCUCCUCUUGCUCUAACCUCCCCGGGGGCGAUUCUGAUUAGAAUACAAUUCCUCCUCUUCCUUCUCAGCCCCAGGUAUUCUUUGGGGGCUGCCUUUGCUGGGCUUCUACAAGUGCCACAGUUUCUGGGUUCACCUCUGCUAGCUUGGUUCCCAGCAGGAAGUCAGGCAGCAAGAGAAGCCUCAAGGAACAAGGGCAGAAUUCCUAGAGGCUUUUGCAUCUUCCCAAUAACAGCUCUUCGUUUCAGAGGGACAGUCUCUGGAGACCGUGCAGUAAGUGGUGUUCAGAAUCUACUGCAAAACCAGGUCUGAGUUAGGCAUGGUGGUGAAUGCAUCACUAAGGAGUAGAAGGUUCUUAUCCUGCAACCCUUUACCUAUCCCCUUUAUCUCUCUCUCUCUCUCUCUCUCUCUCUCUCUCACACACACACACACACACACACACACACACAAGCAUACAAACGUAGGCAUGUGCACAGCCUCACACAUUACACUUGCCCCAAAUCAGGCACGUGCCACAUUCGGUUACCUAUAUUAGUAACCAUAGCAUUAUACCUUGUGAGCCCAAGAGAGGGAAUUAACAACUCUGAGUGAAGGUCACUGACACAGAGAAGCAGCGUGUGCCUGGGGCUUCCAGGCCCCCAGCGUGCACACACCAGAACGACAUACACAGGACUCGAUCGUGAUGAAGCCCAGGUUUCCAGUACAAACUAAUCCUGUUCUCACCACCUCUGGAGCUCUCAGGGAGCCACACACAGUACUUACAAAGCCUACAAUGGAUUUGGUUCUGUUUUGUUUUUGUGUUUAUGUUAGGGACAUUGUAUUAAUUAUCCAAAGGGUUAUAUGGCUCCAACAUUCUCGUCCUGGAGGAGAAAGAUGUAUAAGAACAUGACUUGGGCAAACUUUUUGCUUGCUUACUUUGAAGACCUGAGAGUGAUGGAGAGCAGGGAGGUCAUGCUUUCAGUGAAAUCAUCCAUGAUUUUUAUUCCCUGGUAGUAUCUGAGAGUGCAGAGUAGGUAAUAGAAAGCUGUCCUCAUGUCGCCUGUGCUCACAUUCUUCAUAGCCAACUGUGCCGGCAAUGAACACGGCAGCUCUGUCACUUGACUACGUGGGAGGUGGUGCCUCAUUUUCUUCAUCUGUAAAAUGGGGGUUAUUACGCCUGGCUCACCAAGAGGCCUGUGAGAGGCCGAAGAAGUUGAUUUCAUUCAUAUCCAAUCUGUAAUUGUGAAGUCAGGGGAAGAAGCAUCCAUAAGAUAAACUGGUUCAUGCCACAUGGGGGCAAUAAAUGGUUUUCCUGUUCUAACUUCUGGUUAACAUUAGUCCCCUGAGGUCAUCAGCCUGAUGACAAAGAGAAGGGUUAGUGUUGUUCCUUCUGUUUGUUUUGGUCUGCUUGGUUUCUUAGAAUAGAGAUGUCUCUAAAUUGGAAAAAAUGGGACGUGGUUCUCUAAGCUUGUACUUGAAUCCAGUAUGUGGCCUUGUAACUACUUAGUCCCUGUCACAUCUGCUAUGUUUGAGCGGCCUCCGGGAGAGGUAUAAGACCCUGAGGGGUGAGAGUGGCCAGCUAACAAGGUCAUGGACAUUCUGCAUGACGCUUCAGUAAUGAUUCGAAAAUGUUCCUGUGUGUGGCUGUUGGGAGGCGGGGGGUUAACCUAAGGAACUAGAAGGUAUGUGUAUUUGAAGGAAAUGCAAAAAGUAAAUAGUUGGCAAGAUGGCAUUAUGCCUGGAUGACUGAGGUCAGUAGAAAGACUCUCUUCUAACCAGUGCCGUAAUCAGAGCAGGGCUUGAUAAAGAGGAUUCCUGGAAGGAGCCAUCCUGUGACCAUUCUACAGUGAUUAAAACCAGUGGAGAACUUUGUCUGAGUGGCAGGGAUCUAUUGAAACUACCCACAGAGGAAUAUGGUGGGAUCGCAUCCCCCUGAUUAGGGGCAAAGUACAAAAGGGACACAAAAGGGUUCUCUUGGAAACAGGAAGAAUGAUUCCAGAUUUGGGUUGAAUGAUUGCCGUUUUAAGUUGAUGAAAUAGAUCAGAGCAGUGCUACCUUUGCACAAGCAGUCUCUCUCCCUGCAGUAGUUUGCACUGAUCACCUCUCACAGCAUCUUCCCCACCUAGCACUUCAUGCAGUGCUCUUCGCAUCCAGUACCUUUCCCACGACUUCCCCUCCUCGCCUACGAUCACAUCCAACGUGGCGGCCACCACAUCUCUUUGCAUUAAGCGAAGCAUGAGAAUGCUGGCAGCGGAAGGUUGGGGAUGGAAAGUAGCGUGCCUCUGGAAAUACAGCUCCCUGGGAAUUCGUAUUAGGUCAAUCCUACAGAUACCAAAAUGUGCCCCAAGACGCCUUCAUUUUCUGAUGGAAGUGGGAGCGCUCCAUUUUCCCUGGCAGAUUUCCCCUGAGAAAUGAUACCAGCCCUAGGGUUUGCCCACCUUGUAACUCUUCAUCACAUCCUCCUUUUCAUCCCUGACUCCUCCCCCUGGCUUGGAAUUGACUCCUGUGCGGUACUUUUGCCAAGUGACACCUUUCCAUUUAUUUUUCAUUUUUCUGUGGUGGUAGUUCUUUAUUUACCGUUUGCCUUUUCUCUCACAUAUCUUCCCUGCCCCUCUUUCCUUCUGAGUUUUAUUUUUCUGCCCAGAAAAACCUGACUUCGAUACCAAAAAAAGAUGAAACUACAGAAACUCAAAUUUAAAAAAAAAAACUUAAAAAAACACAAAAAAAUACUCAACGAUUCUUUCAGCUUUAUUAACAUUUUCCAUUGUUUCUUGCGACUCGUGUCUCGUUCUUUGUAGUAUUGAUGAUGAACAUUUGAUAAUGAAUGUUCUUGUAUAUUCAGAUAAAGAAAAAAAACCAAAAAAGCGGUCUGAAUUUAAUAGUGUUUAUAAUAAAAAUUUUAAAAAUGACCCUCAUAGCACGCAAAACAGGAUGGGGGAUUUCCCCUCUUCUUUCUGUGACAAUGCACAUCAUUCCUGCAUUAGUUUUUAACACCGAACUACCUACAUUCACCAUUUCCCCCAUUUUUCUUUUAUUUUCUUGCAUUUGUGAAUUAGUUCAAGAAUGCUAGAAAAGUGUCGAGUUGUGCACAUCCAUUUCCUGUUUCACAAUGUUUAAAAGUGACAGUAAUUCAUUUUGUAAACUAAAAAAAAAAAAAAAAAAAAAGGUUGGAAUAGUGAGCAUAAUAGGUACAGCCUAACACGUUAUUAUGUUUAUUAACUUCGAGACCCAGAAAUAAAUUCUUUUCUUUUCUUUCUUCUGCUCUUUAAAAUAUAAAAAAAGAAACUAUGUUUUGUUUUGUGUUAUUUUUGGUUUGUUUAUGGGGGGGCUUUUUUUAAUUGUCAGGAUUAUGGUCUUGCUGUUUUUAUUCCUUAAAUAUGUAUUUGAGGUGAUGUGAAAAGAUGACAUUUGUAGAAUAGGCUGUUUCCUUGUACUUCCGUUUGUUUCAGAAUUCAGUUGACUUCAAAGAUCAAGCCCACCAUGAUUCAUAUUUUUUCACCUGCAGUUUUUGGAGUGUGUGGCAUUCUUGCAAUCCCUGAGAAAAACAAAGGCAAGGACUUGAGUUUUCUUUUUAGCCUUUAACAAUUCAAGGAAUUGGUCCAGGGGACCUUCUUGUGCUGUAGGGAAAGGUUUUUGCCUUGGUUGGUUGUGAAUGACACAAUAAAAUGCUUUCUUUUCUUUCUUCCUGAUUAAUAACAACGUUCCACGACUCUUUCCAGCUAGAGAGGACUUUUUUCUUCCAGUAGAAUCCCACAGGAGAUCCUGGUGGGCUGUGCACCGCUGGCUGAGUAGACCAGAUCCAGGAAGCCGUCCUAGAGUCAUUUGGCCUACUGAUCUUUUGAGCCAGACUCAGUGCUGUUGUUACAGUGCUGAGCAGUUACACCUGAUUCAUUGGCAGUGCGCCUCGUAUGAACCUCUGAUUUAGGCAGCUGUCAAACUGGCUUGAUUUGGGAUGUUUUUGUUAAGUUAGGGGAGAAAAGAAAGCAAUAUUAUCUGGAGGAAGCUUAAUUUAAAUGUUUUUCAUUCAACAAAUGAUUAAGCAUUCAGAAAGCAGCAAGAACCCAAGCAAGAAGAGUUAAGAACACUUUAGGAAGUGUUUCUACCCAAACGCUUGCACUCUUGUUUUUAAGUCAUAACAAAAUAAUGACAAGCUUUUCACAUCACCUUUAUGGUUUCAAUCCCUAGCUCAAAGCUUUCUGGAAUCUUUUAUUUUUUUGUAAACUUUUUUUUCCUUUUGUUAAAAUUAAUAAAACAUCCAAUGUUUUCCCCCUUUUCUCUCUUUUUACUUCUUUUCUUUCCUUUGGCGUUUUCAACUAUUUUGAAGUGCUUUCCUUUGGUUUUUGGUUUUAUUCUCCCGCUCCCCCUCCCCUGUUCUUAUUAUUCAGAGUAUAAACCUGCAAAGCUCUGCUCUGUUUUGGUUUUGAAAGUUUAAGCUUUCCUGCUUCUGUGAGAGCACAGGCUUCUGUCCCUUUUGAUUCCAACUGAAAUUUUGUGUUCUCUAAUGAUACUAACACGGUGUAGGUUUUACAGUCUCCUAAUUUGUACUGGUAAUGCAUAUUCCAAAUAAAUAGUUUCUUUUGUUGCAAAAAA